GGAGAAGUUUUAUAAUUCAAGAUGGUGAAGCUAGGUAAAAAGUCCAAGCGGACGCCCGUUCGACUGCGACACAAGAUCGAAAAGGCCGGCGCUGCAAAGCAGAGGAAAUUAAGAAAACAAGCUAAGAAGGACCCGACAUGGCGAUCAAAGAUCAAGAAAGAUCCUGGCAUUCCCAAUUUAUUCCCAUACAAAGACAAGAUCCUUGCAGAGAUUGAAGAAAAGAAGCGACAAAAACAAGAAGAACAAUUACGUAUCCGUGAAGAGGCUCGGGAGCGUCGCAAAGCCGAAAAGAAAGCUGCCGGAAUUGAAACUGCCGAUGAUGAGGACGAAGAUGAUGAAAUCAUUGAUGAUAUUGACCUUGAAGAUGAGGAUGUUGAUAUUGAUGGAAUGGAUGAAGAUGGAGAGGAUCAGAACCCCAUGGCUGCGCUACUUGCGUCUGCGCGAGCCAGGGCUGCUGAAUACGAGGAAGAAAAUGAAGAUGAUGAGAUGAGCUACGACGACGAUGACGAGGACGAAGACGAAGACCGUAUGGAGCAAGACGGCGAAGAUGGAGGAGUCUCAUUGUCUGGACAAGUUGAUAUUCCCACCAUUUCGUCACAGGUGUCAUCAAAGGAAAGUUCGCGCCGGGCAUUUGACAAGGUCUUCAAACAGGUCGCGGCUGCAGCAGAUGUCAUUCUUUACGUACUCGAUGCGCGAGACCCCGAAGGCACACGAUCCAAGGACGUAGAGCGUGAAAUCAUGGCCGCAGAGGGAGGCUCAAAACGAUUGAUUCUCAUCCUCAACAAGAUCGACCUCGUACCCCCAGCCGUGCUCAAGGGAUGGUUAAUUCAUCUCCGACGAUAUUUCCCCACUCUUCCUCUCAAGGCCUCUAACGGCGCACCCAAUGCGCACAGCUUUGAUCACAAACAAUUGACGGUGAAAGGUACAUCCGAGACAUUAUUCAAAGCACUCAAGUCAUAUUCGCAAACUUCUCAAUUGAAACGAGCCAUAUCCGUCGGUGUCAUUGGAUAUCCCAACGUCGGCAAAUCGUCUGUUAUCAAUGCGCUCACAGCCCGUCUCAAUCGAGGACGUAGCAAUGCCUGCCCAACGGGAGCCGAAGCGGGCGUGACAACGAGUCUUCGAGAAGUCAAAUUGGAUAGCAAGUUGAAACUUAUCGAUUCACCCGGUAUCGUCUUCCCGAAUACAUCGAGCAACAAAUCCAAGAAAAAGAAAGAGAACGAUGAAGCUCGUUUGGUGCUAUUGAAUGCUGUUCCUCCUAAACAAAUCACCGAUCCCGUUCCCGCCGUCAACCUCCUCCUCAAACGUCUAUCGGCUAGCGAAACAUUGUUCCAGAAAAUGCUCAGUCUCUACGGUAUCAAUUCAUUAUUCCCGAUGAACGGCGGAGACAAGACGACGGACUUCUUGAUCCAGGUGGCUCGUAACCGUGGCCGGCUCGGUAAAGGAGGUGUCCCCAAUGUACAAAGUGCAGCUAUGGCUGUCAUUACCGACUGGCGCGAUGGGCGAAUUCAGGGUUGGCUUGAACCGCCUGUUUUGGCUGUUGCGGGCGUCAAUACUGCUGCCUCUUCUGACGCUGCAGCUGCAGGAGAUAAUGGUCCUUCUGCGGAUGUCAAGGAGAUUGUCACAGAAUGGGCCAAGGAGUUCAAUAUUGAAGGGCUCUGGGGCAAUGGUGAAAGUGACGAGUAAAAGAUUCCCCUUGAUUUGAUUGAACGAUUGGAAUCAUGGCGUAAAGGUGUUCUUAUCAUUUCUGUUAAAUGGAUAUACUCAUGAUAGAUAAUUCCAAAAGCUUUCCCCUUUGUACCAUAACCCCGAUGCUAUUAAUAAUACAUCCGUCCUGUAGGCAAGACUAACCAAUUUCCUGAACUCGGACUGAACUGGGGACGGCAGCUCAUCAACCAAAUCCCAUAGUCGAGCGUAGCUGUGCUGCCGGCCCACUAUCCUCGUCAUCACUACCACUAUCAUCAUAGUCUGCUUGCAUCUUCCCAUCCAAAUCCUCAACACGAUCAAGAUCCUCUGCUUCUUGCGUUUCAUCGUCUUCCUCUUCCUCCUCUUCAACUUCCUCGUCCUCGGCCUCCUCUUCUUCGACGUCAUCUUCUUCAAUCUCAUCUUCGUCAACGUCUGUGUCAUCAUUUGGCGAGUUCUCGACUUUUUCGUUUCCGGCACU